AUGGACUUUUGGAAUCGAUUGCUAGGCACCACCAUCACACCAAAGAAACCUCCCAAACCCGCAAACGAUCCAACCGCCCGACUCAAUACAUUCAAACGUGUAUACAACACUAUUCUCGAGCUAUGCGACCGACCAAGAAACCUCGCGACCGAAGCUCCUCUUCUGGACGAGCUCAAUGUCCUCCUGGCACGCCUUGUUGCUCUGCUGCGACAUGAGACGCGAGCACCCGUCCCACAUGUCUGCUUUCGAUUCGCCGCCAGCAAGCAAAUCUACGCUGCCAUCGCAAGAGCCGCCACUGUCAGCCAGUAUGAGCCGGUCAUUCGAUCGAGCAUCGCCGUCUUCGUCUCGCUUGCAGACAGUGAAGAGGAGGACUUCUUGGCAAGCGAGCACUUCGCCAAGUGCUUAAUGAGACUUGUCCGGAAAGUCAUCGAGAGCGGAGAGGUGCUUGUCGAUACGGAUACCGAGACCUCCAUAUUAGAACUGCUCUUCACCAUAGCAGCAAAGAUCCGCCUCCAGCCGGACAUUCUGCCGGUAUGGUUUCAGUCGACCGCGAACCCAGACUUGGAAGACGUGUUCGUGCGCGAAAAGAAAAGCUUCGUUGGCAUCACACAGAAAGACGAUUUUCCGCUUUGCUAUAUCUUCAUUGAGCGCGUCCACCACGAAGGUCGAAUCGGGGACUUCGCGCGCACUGGACUCCUCUACAUUUUCGAAGCCACUGGUCGGUCUCUCGAUUUAGAAGAGUGGGUCCUUUCCAGUGACCUGCCAACAUUGAUGGCUUCUGGUCUGGGAGCGCUAUACAGCCAGCUGAGUCGUGAACUGAGCAUUCUUCACGCGGACGCCGAGCUGCCUGCAGUCCUCGCUAUGAGCGACUACUCGACCACGCACCCACGAGCGACUGCCGAGUCUUCCUUCUCGCAGAGGCAUACAUCACACAUGACCACCUUCCUUUCGUACUUGGCCUUUUGGCAGGAUUUGCUAGACCACUGCAGGAGCGCGGACGUGAAGCAGACACUGCUUGAUCACUUUCAGAUAUUAUUCCUGCAGCAGCUGCUUUAUCCAUCAAUAUUGCAGUCGUCAGCUACUGAUGCAGGAAGCUCGGUUGCCGUUCUCACAUACAUGAAUGCGGUUUUGGACGCUCUGGAGUACCCGGACUUGCUGCACAUGAUCUUGAUCUAUCUUUUAGCAAUUGAAGAUGGAACAUCGGCGCCAUAUACUCCUGCCAAGGCUGACCAGCCUCCGAGGUCACCGACAACCAUUCGGCGGAGGCAAAGCUUGAUGCUACUGAGUGCCCCUAAGAACCCAGACGAUGCUGUCGAGCCUAUUUUGUUCAAUCUCGUCGACUUGAUCACCACCAACGUCGAAUCAAACAAUAGCCAGUCUGUAUUUGCAGCACUGAAGCUGGCAUCGACCUUGAUAACGCGUCACAGAAAGUAUGCAUUCGGGUCCCUUCUGAAGGUCGACAAGGUGGCAUCGCGUCCGAAUCGCCGGACGAUCGGAGCAUUUGAAAAAGAGAUUGAUCAGUACUCCCAUCUUGCGGCAUCCAUUCAUCCACAUUACAGCGUCGACACUGCUUAUACCCGUUUAUCAGAAGACACACGAUACGUCAUUGAAAGCCAAGUUCCAGCCUUGCCUACAGCUGCUGACAAUAACAUCGGGGAAGUCUAUACAUUGACGCUUCUUGACAAUGACCCGCUGCUGCGCUCUAUGCUGGCUCUGCUGAGAACAUUCUUCACAAACAGCGUUGACGUUAAUCUCGGCUUAACUCAAGCUAUCAUAUCCAUCGCACAGUGUGUUGAGAUUCGGCUGGACAGCUGGAUCGCUUUAACGCCAUCGACACCCUCAACUGCCGUGGAACCCUCUUUGUCAGGAAAGGCUUGGCAGACCCAUCUGGACGGUCCUGAAAGGGAGACUUGGGCCGCAAUGAGUACAGCCUUACAGACACCCAGCUUCAACGCGAGCACAUCACCGAUUUUGUAUAAAGAGAUUGCGACUCUCUUGGCGGAAUUGGAUACGGUCAGGACUGUUAUACCCAACUUUGACCAGCUCAUGGCUGGAAGGAAAGUAAUGCUUCAGGCUGCACCGAUCGAUCACUCAAACACUGGAGAAGCAUCGUCCAUCAUGGAUGAUCCUAAUCGGCAACCACAACCCCUGGAGGUAUCUAGAGCUGUUGGUCGCCACUCAAGAGCCGCCAGCAGAUCUGGACGCGGACGAGCCGGUGAUCAACUACUAAGUCCAAGCAACACCGGAUAUCCUACUCCACGCAUUGACACAGCAAGUGCUACAGCCUCUCCAACGGCCUCUCGGACAGCUUCGAAAGCCAGGGUUGCCGAGUCGAGCGCAUCAGCGCCUGGAAAGUCUAUGUACAAACCACCGCCUCCUGAGACGCCAUCCACGACAGACAUUCUGAUGCAGGUCAUCACAUUCACCGAUCAGUCAAAGGAGGUUAACGUACUGGAAGGUAACACCGGCGAAGCGGAUGAGGCAUCCGAGGACCAGAUGCCAAUGGCACGCAAGGCGAGCCUGAAUCACAUAUUGACCAAUGUUGUGAUACUACAGGAAUUCGUGCUGGAAAUCCUCGCCGUGAUACAAAUUCGCGCAGCUGUUUUAGGCGAGAAAGAGAUUCGACAUUCGUGACUUGUACAGCUAGAGUAGCUCUCCGAGCUUUUGCGAACGUUUUUGCAAUUGAGAUACCCAGCAAUACCAUUGUUCAGCCCUUCC